GCGGCGCGGGCAGCCUGGGGGCAGCAUGAGCGCCUACCAGCGCCCGGUGGUGCUCGACUGCGGCUCGGGGACGGUCAAGGCGGGCCUUGCCGGCGGCCGCGCGCCGCACUUCGUCUACCCGAACAUCGUUGGCCGCGCCAAGGGCCACAGCGGGGCGGCCGAGGGCGCGCAGGAGCUGUGGGUGGGCGACCAGGCGCAGGAGAGGAGAAGCGCGCUGUCCGUCAGCUAUCCUGUGGAGCGUGGUCUCAUCACUUGCUGGGGAGACAUGGAGACCAUGUGGAAGCACAUCUAUGACUAUAACCUGAAAGUGAACCCCUGUGAGAGCCCAGUCUUGAUUACUGAGCCAGCCCUGAACCCACUGGUCAACCGGCAACAGACUACUGAGGUGUUUUUUGAACAUCUGGGUGUCCCUGCUUUCUAUAUGUCCACCCAGGCUUUGCUGGCUCUCUUUGCUGCUGGUUUCACUACUGGCUUGGUGCUGAAUUCGGGUGCUGGGCUUACCCAGUGUGUGCCAGUCUUUGAAGGUUACUGUCUGUCUCAUGGUGUACAGCAGCUACAUCUGGCAGGCCUUGAGCUCACCAACUACCUCAAAGUGCUGCUGAAGGCCCAUGGUAUCCUGCUGGUUAGUGCUGCAGACAGAAAGACUGUGGAAGACAUUAAGGAGACCUCUUGUUAUGUGGCAAUGAACUACGAAGAGGAAAUGGUCAAGAAACCCGACUGCCUAGAGAAAGUUUAUAAACUACCUGAUGGGCAGACCAUCUUGCUCCACGACCAGCUCUUCCGUUGUCCAGAGGCCCUUUUCACUCCAUGUCUCAUGAAUGUUGCCGCCCCUGGCAUUGAUAAGAUGUGCUUCAGCGCCGUAAUGAAAUGUGAUACAGAUCUGAGGAAUUCCUUCUUCUCCAAUAUUAUCCUUGCUGGGGGAUCGACUUCCUUUCCUGGCUUGGACAAGCGGCUAGUUAAAGAUAUGGCAAAGAUGGUGCCUGCUAACACUGCUGUGCAGGUUAUAGCUCCCCCAGAAAGGAAGUUGUCAGCGUGGAUGGGAGGUUCUAUUCUCGCCUCCCUGUCUGCCUUCCAGGACAUGUGGAUCACUGCUGCAGAAUUUAAAGAAGUUGGACCCAACAUAGUCCACCAAAGAUGCUUCUGAAAUACAGAUAAACUGGUUAGAUGAAAAUACUGUGAGCAUAUGUGACAAAGUUUUGGAUGUUAUGUUCUUGGCAGAACAAACAGUAUUUCAAUUACUGGGAUAUUUAUGUCUCUGUUGUAUUUCUAUAAUGGAAAUAAUCAUGGCGAUAACAGUAAUGUUCAAACAAUGAAAGUUUACUGAGUAGAAUCAAGUUAAAUGCUGUAGGAAACACUAUUCUUUACCUUGGAAAGCUUACAUUUCUCUCAGAGAGAGAGCGAUGUGUGGUACCAUAUGCUAUGUGCCCAAUGAGUGAUGAUUUGAGUUUGUUGACGUUUAGGGAAA